AUGUUUGGACCUGAUAUAUGUGGGGACAGCACCAAGAAAGUUCAUGCCAUUGUUUCUUACAAUGGAUCGAAUUACUUCCUCAAGAAAGAUGUGCCUUGUGCGACUGACCGGCUGACUCAUGUUUAUACUUUCAUCCUCAAACCUGAUGCUACCUAUACCAUCCUAAUUGACAAUGUGGAGAAACGAUAUGGUAGUUUGUAUUCUGAUUGGAAGAUUCUUCCUGCAAAGAAGAUCAAAGAUCCUGAAGCCAAGAAACCUGAUGAUUGGGGCGAUCAGCAGUAUAUUCCUGAUCCAGAAGACAAGAAACCAGAGGGCUAUGAUGACAUUCCAGUGGAGAUACCUGAUACUGAUGCUAAGAAGGCAAGUCUUCUAUUUUUUCCUGUUUGGUCUUUUGCAUUUUAUUGUAAGCAUAGCUCUAUAGACAGCAAGCCUGAAGACUGGGAUGAUGAGGAGGAUGGUGAGUGGACACCUCCAAAAACUGUAAACCCCAAGUACAAGGGGCCAUUGAAGCAGAAGGCAGAGCAAAUUGCAUUUGAUGAGGCAGAGAAGAGGAGAGAAGAAGAGGAAUCAAUGAGUGAUCCAGUUGGUUCAGAUGAAGAUGAGGAUGUUGUGGAGAAGAGUGAUGGUGUAUGGAUGAUGAAGAGGCUAGUAAAGAGACAGACAGAGAUGGUUGGGCAGGCAGAUGAUGCAUGCACGUAG